GUUGGGGGAGGAGGAGUGAAGCGCAGUGACACCGUCCCGUCUCACUCUCGGUCUCACUCUCCGUCUCUCUUGUCGAUUCACCGACCGUCUUCCAACCGAAGCAUCUGCAGCAGCGGCGGAAGGCUCGUGCCGUCACAGCGGAACAUCGCGCGCAGCCCUCCACCUUCAUCCUCUUCUUCAUCAUGUCCGGCACCAAGGAGGAGGACCGAAAAGGCUCCAGCGAGUGGCGGAACUUCUUCUGGAACCCACGGACUCACGAGCUGCUGGGCCGAACCGCCUCGAGCUGGGGUCUGAUCCUGCUCUUUUACCUGAUCUUCUAUCUGUUUCUGGCGGGGAUGUUCGUUCUAACCAUGUACAUCAUGCUGCUGACACUCGAUGACUACAAACCUACCUGGCAGGACCGUCUGGCCACUCCAGGGAUGAUGAUUCGUCCAAAGGGCAAUCAGUUGGAGAUAAGUUUCUCCGUCUCAGAAACGGAGAGCUGGGACGGUUUCAUCCACAACCUCAACCACUUUCUGUCUCCAUACAACAACAGCUAUCAGGUUCAGACCAAUGAUAACUGCUCUCCAGAUCAAUACUUCAUUCAAGAGGACAGUGGAGAGGUCAGGAACAAUCCCAAGCGCUCCUGUCAGUUUAAUCGGACAAUGUUGGAGGAGUGUUCGGGGAUUUCUGAUCGUUUCUAUGGUUACAGCAGCGGUCAGCCCUGCAUCCUCAUCAAACUGAACCGGGUCAUCGGUAUGUUGCCAGGAAAGGACAGUCAGUCUCCUUAUGUCACCUGUGGAGCCAAGAGAAUGGACAGUGAUAAAAUUGGACCUCUGGCGUACUACCCUCCUAAUGGAACCUUCAACCUCAUGUACUACCCGUACUACGGCAAGAAAGCUCAGGUAAACUACACUCAGCCUCUUGUGGCCGUGAAGUUCCUGAACGCCUCUCUGAACACCGACAUCAACGUCGAGUGUAAAAUCAACUCCAACACGCUCGCUGAAGGCAGCGAGAGAGACAAGUUCGCCGGACGGAUUUCCUUCAAACUGCGAAUCAACGACAAAUAGACACACACACACACACACACACACACAGCUGCAAAAUUGACACAAUUUGCCCUCAAACACACCUUUGUGUAUCCAAGUGUUAGAAACCUUUGAUCACAGCCGGUUGUCCCCGGUAUUCUGAUCCUUGACUGCUUUAACUCAAACAAACAGAAAACGACCAAUCAGCACGCACGCAUGCUGUGAUGUCACUGAGGACGUACUGGUGGAGCUUCACCUCUGUCAUUGCAUGAAAACCAAAUUAUUGAUUACACAGCUGAUCAGUGUUUUUAUUCAUGUCACAUAUUUAUUACUUAUGUAUUUGGGUUAUGAUGUUUCUUUGGUUGUUUUUGGGGGAGGGGGGGGUUGGGUUCAUUCAGUUCAGAAAAUAAUUUACAAGUGUCAAAAGGAACAAGUUCCUAAAAAAAAAUUCUGGUCUGUUUCCUUAUGGGUUGCCAUCGAAGCAGGUGCCAAUCAGAUGCUAGCUUUAGUAACCAUGGCAACAGUGUUGGUGUCAUGUCUUUUCCUUUGUCUGUUAGUUUAUUAGAGGAUUAAUCCGUGAAUUACUUGUUGUUUGUCUUUGUUUACUAUUGUCAACUGUUACCGUCUCCUCACCUGUCAAUCACUCUUGUCUUGCCACCUGGACACGCCCAUCCACUCUAAAGAGUGACCAAUCAGAUCGUUCUGCUGUAUGAUGUCGUAUGAUACUUCCCUGUGAUCGGUUGAUUUCUCCUGCCUUGAAAGUUCCUUGUGUUUAACAGACAAUAAAAAAUUAAGAAAUUA